AUGAGCGCCGAGCGCAAUUUCAGUACUGCCUCGCAGACACAUCGCAGGUCUGUCGCAGAAGAGCCUGUUACAUCAGUGUUGGCUGGGACCGAAGUGCCAGUGUAUGAUCGAGAAUUGACGGCCGACGAAGAGGUUCUCGCUGCUCUUGGUUACAAACCAGAAUUCAAGCGUGAAUUCUCAUUAUGGACCUCCUUUUGUGUGUCGUUCGCCGUUCUUGGCCUGUUGCCAUCGUUCGCCUCGACGCUGUGGUAUGGCAUGGGAUAUGCUGGAACUCCUGGCAUGGCGUGGGGGUGGCUGAUUGCCAUGGGCUUCAUUCAAUGCGUCGCUAUGGGCAUGGCUGAAUUGUGCUCGUCGAUGCCCACAUCGGGUGGUCUUUACUACGCUGCAGCAGUCCUUGCUCCUCCAGGAUACGGUCCUAUCGCUGCCUGGAUCACCGGUUGGUCCAACUGGCUGUGCCAGGUCACAGGCGCGCCCUCGGUCAACUAUGCACUGGCCUCCAUGAUCCUUGCGGCAGGGUCGAUCAACAACCCCGGCUACGUGCCGCAAAACUAUCAGGUAUUCCUUCUGACAACCCUGAUAAUGAUCAUCCAUGCAUGCAUUUCUUCGAUGCCCACACGUUGGAUUGCGACGUUUAACUCGUACGGCAGUACCUUCAACAUCAUUGCGCUGGUGAUCACGGUCAUCACCAUCCCCGCGGCGACGAACCGGACUUCGCAAGGACUGCCUCGCUUCACCAAGAGCAGCACAGUGUGGGGCAACUUCUACGAGGGCACAGAUUACCCAAAUGGCGUGGCUGUACUCAUGUCAUUCAUCGCCGUGAUCUGGACCAUGUCCGGCUAUGAUGCGCCCUUCCAUCUGGCAGAGGAAUGCAGCAAUGCCAACAUCGCCAGUCCACGUGCAAUCGUGCUCACGUCUGGGGUGGGCGGGUUAAUGGGUUGGUUCCUGCAGCUGGUCGUGGCGUACACUGUCAUCAGCAUCGACGAUGUUCUCGACUCGGACCUGGGCCAACCUUGGGCGUCUUACUUGUUGCAAAUCCUGCCUAGGAACACGGCUUUGGCUAUUCUAUCCAUGACAAUCAUUUGCGGCUUCUCCAUGGGUCAAGGAUGCAUGGUCGCCGCAUCGCGAGUCACCUUUGCCUACGCCCGCGACGGCUGCUUCCCUGGCUCCAGGUAUUGGGCCCAAGUCAAUCCAAUCACCAAGACUCCGGUCAACGCGGUCUGGUUCAAUGCGGCGAUCGGUAUUCUACUAACCCUGCUCCUCUUUGGAGGGGAGGCAUGCAUUGGAGCCAUUUUCAGCGUCGGCGCCAUUGCCGCCUUUGUCGCCUUCACCAUCCCCAUCACCAUUCGAACUUUCUUUGUCGGCAGCCGAUUCCGCCACGGACCGUGGCACCUCGGCAAGUGGUCCUAUCCCAUCGGCGUGGCAUCGACCUGCUUCACCUUGUUGAUGAUCCCUAUCCUCUGCCUUCCCAGUGUGACUGGCAAGAACCUGGAUGCGUCACUCAUGAACUGGACAUGCUUGGUCUGGGGUGGUCCAAUGUUGGGGGCCCUGGUGUGGUGGGUGGUGGACGCUCACAAGUGGUUCAAGGGCCCGAAGGUCAAUAUCCAGCAUAUGAUGCUCGGGAGGGGGGACAACGUUAUCGAAGGAAAGGACCAGGGCUCGGAUUCGGGCAGUGGAAUUUCUCCAGCCGUCGUGACUGGUGCGGACAAGGCCGAUACGAAGGUGUGA